AUGCCAGAUUUUACUCACGCUCUUCGUCCCAGCCAGCCAGACGGACCGAUGACCCUUACCUUUGAGCGCCACCAGUCCGACGUACCCGUACAACAAUUGAGUCAGCACUUAUUUUCGACAGAUGGCUUCCUUGAACGACAAGCACGUAUUCUCCCCCUGCUGGAAAAUGAGCCAUUGCUCUCAAAAGAGAAACAGCAACACCUCUCCCGUGUAGAACGCUUCAAGCUCGCGUUAGCAAGAGCAAAACUUCUCCGGCGAAUGGCUGACAAGCACCAGUGGAGCGAUGACGACUACAAAAUGGCCCAGUACCUGGUGGACGAUGUAUCGCCGUACUUUCUCCAGACGGAGAUGUUCGUGACGACGGUUCGCGAACAGGCAAGUGAAAAGCAACGUGACUACUGGUUGCCACUGAUUGAAUCCUGGAGAAUCGUCGGUGCUUAUGCGCAGACGGAGCUGGGUCAUGGUAGUAAUGUGCGUGGACUUGAGUGCCAGGCUCGUUGGGAUCCAAGCACGAGGGAGUUCAUUCUUCACAGUCCUUCGCUCACGUCCAGUAAAUGGUGGAAUGGCAGCUUGGGUCGCGUGGCUAAUCAUGCGAUUGUGGUUGCGCAACUACUGCUGCCAAAAGCAGGUGGAAACGAAGAAUAUAUUUCUUACGGGCCUCAUCCUUUCGUCGUUCAAGUCCGGGACUUGAAAUCGAACAAACCACUGCCGGGCGUAGUCAUUGGAGAUAUUGGGCCCAAGUAUGGAUACGCGACCAUGGACAACGCCUACGUGUUGUUUGAUCAGUUCAGAAUUCCUCAUUCGGCCAUGCUAUCCCGCUAUUCUAGCGUUGAUCCUGACUCUGGAGAAUACACCAAACCAGAGCAACCGGCAGCGGUGUAUGGCUCUCUCACGUACGCCCGUGCCAAGAUUGUUCGGCACGCGAGGCUGGUGCUUGCCCGCGCAGUCACAGUUGCGGUUCGAUAUACUGUCAUUCGAAGACAAUUCCGCGAUCGAGACGGUAGUGGCACCGAACAGGAAAUGUCGGUUCUUGACUACCCGACGGUACAAAUCCGGAUUCUCCCCUUAUUGGCGACGACGUUUGCAUUGCACUAUACUGGUCUGGCCAUGCAAAAUGUCUACCACGCCGCGAGAAAAGAUAUCGAGAGUGGUCAAUACAAGUCUCUGAGCUAUAUGCAUAGCAUGUCUUCAGGGUUGAAAAGCCUGUGCACGAUGCUUGCCGCGGACGGUAUCGAAACCUGCAGACGGGCAAUGGGUGGCCAUGGGUUCGGUGGAGGAAGUGGUCUGAUUCAGUUGAACAAUGACUAUCUCUCCAAGCCCACCGUCGAAGGGGACAAUUGGAUGAUCACGCAACAGCUCGCCGCCUAUUUGAUCAAGAAGAUGGCUGCGGCGGUCGAAUCAAUCGACACAACCGGAGAGGAUGAAGUGGACGCUCGUUUCAAGGCAUUUAUCAGCAAGAGAAGACAGACCAGGUCAUCCACGUCACACAGCCUUAAUUUACGCAACGACCACGAUAUCGUAAAGGGCUUUGAAGACCGAGCCACGAUUUUGGUAUUUGAAGCGUACGAACUACGCAUAAUCAAAAAACAAAAAUGGAACAAACUGCUUAUUCAGCUUCACAAAUUAAGCAAAGCUCAAUCCCAAUUGAUCCUCGUCACUACAUUCUUCGACGCUCUAUCUGCCGAGACGAGCCUCGAAGACUCGGCAAAAUCGAAAUUGUGGGAUCUUUACCGACUAUUCGCUCUCACGACGAUGGAGAACGAGGCUUAUGAGUUUUUCCGCUGCGGAGCCAUUUCCCAGUCUGAUCUCAAUGCUAUCCCAUCUCGGAUAGAAGAGCUCAUGGGACGAAUCCGUCCGCAUGCUGUGAAUCUCGUUGAUUCUUGGAAAAUACCAGAUUAUCUACUGGAUAGUGCUCUUGGACGAUGGGACGGACGAGUCUACGAAGAUCUUUUCCAUCGAGCUCAUCGUCUGAAUCCGCUCAAUAACAUCACUUUUAAUCCAAACUGCUGGGAGGAAGAAAUUGUGAUGGGAACCGGUGAGACGGGACGCGAUAUCCUGGCUAAACUGUGA